AUGCGUUUCGCUCGGUCCCCCAUGGCAUGGGGCCGGGAGCUGGCUUGUGCGGUGGCGCGCUUGGUUCCGGGCCAACAAACUUCUCCAGGACCGAGCGCGCCGCCUCCCUCCUCCAGGCGGCGGUGGCUGCGGCGCCGGCCGGAUUCCCGCAGAGCCCAGGGCCGCGGGCGGAGGCGGGGCGGCGUCCCUUUGCGCCGGGACCCUGACGUCCCCACGGCGGCCCCGGCUGCGAGGACAGGGAGGAUGGCUGCUGCACUCCGGCCGGACGCGCUGCGCACUCUUCGAGCUGAAGGAGGCACAGGGCCGGGUACUCCUGGACCAGACCCGGAUCGUCCUCCGCGCCAGUCCAAGCCCCGCGCGGGUCGAAGCGGGUAACCGCACGGGGGACCCGGGCGUCCGAGCUUGUGUGUCCUGGCUUUCGCCUCUCCCCGGUACAGCAUCCCAACCCCAGAGACCGCAGCCCCGCAGAAUUAGUAGCUUGCUCUGUGCGUUUACCCCUUCUUCGGUAGCUCGCGCCCCUUCCACCCGCAUCAGCAUCGCACACACUUCUGCUUCCCAAACCCACCCAUAAAAUCCACCGAGAACUAAAGUGGAACGCGCGAGCCCGCGUGACCUGGACGCACAAACACGAGCCACAUUCUAGGCAGCGUGUCAAAGUGGCCUGAUCUGGCCAAAGGCACUCAGUCCCCUCCGCGUGAGAAUGCGUAACCGCAGGUGGGCAGAUUUCCCCCCCGCCCCCCCAAUAUGUGCACUUGUGCAGCACCGUUGUGACAUUUUCUUUAAAAGCAGAUCAGGCAAAUGACCAGAAACACAGCAUUUGGCAAGACCGGGCUUGUGUAGGCGACAUCAAGCAAAACGGCCAGUGGCAGAGCUGCGCAGCUUACCUUGGGUUGGUGUCAGAGCCCCUGGGAGGCGCGGUGGAGUCCGGACAGGGCUGCCGCACCGCCGCGGAGUGGCCCGCGCCAGCUUCCAGCGAGUGGAAGCGGGACGCAUCUCUGCCCUUAUUCGUCCCUUCAGUGUGACCCUCCCACUCGGUGAGCAUGGAGGACUCCGCAAGACAGUCUUCAGCCAACUCGUGCCCAGGUUUUCCUUGAUCACACAGAGCCGGUGUGCAGUUUUUCUGAUGUGACUCAAGCUUCCCACCCAGAAGACUUCCUGAAGCAGUGCAUAAGGACCACUCAUCUGGAAGCCUUCCCUGUGCAGACACAACCACUCUUU